GGCUUGGGUUGAGCCAAUCAUAGCGAGGGGGCGGGGCUAAGAUGCAGAAAGAAAAACGGGGUUUGCUUGAGAGGCUGAGCAUUGGGAGGUAAACAAUAAACUUCGAACAAGCCCAGCCAGCUGCUCCACAUACUACGGACCAUGGCAGACCAGCUACAGCGCCCCUACGCGGCCGCGGCCUGCCUGCUCCUCUUGCAGUACUUGACCGGUGGCAUAUCCAUGUCCAUCCCAGACCCCAAAUACAGAGAGGCCCUCAUAAAGCUGGAGACCUCCAUGCAAACAGGUGGACAGUUGGUGCUGAAUGAUGCUGAACGGCGGCUGGAUUCUCUGCUGUUUACGAUGAAACAGAAAGAGAUAGCGAGACCAGACUUCCCUCCCACCAUGCACUUCUUCAAGGCCAGGCACCUCAUCAGGACCAGUCCUAUCUUCAACCUCCUGAAGAAGAUGCCUAAAGGGGGAGCUCUCCAUGUCCACGACUUCUCCAUGGUUGAUGUAGAGUGGCUGGUAAAGAAUGUGACUUAUCGGCCCCAAUGCUUCAUGUGCGUCACUGACAAACAGUCCAUCAGAUUCAUCUUCUCGUCUCAAUUGCCCAAACCUUUGCCGCACUGCUCUCCCUGGACCCUCCUGGAAAACCUCAGGGCCAAGAUGAUCAACAUCACAGAUCUAGACAACAGCAUCAUGGGCAACCUGACGCUCUUCACUGAUGAGGAUCCAGAAACAGUGUACCCCAGUCAGGACGUGGUAUGGGAUAGGUUUGAGCAGACCUUUCUUGCUUUGUGGGGUCUAGUCACAUAUGCUCCAGUGUUCAGAGACUAUUACUACCAAGGCCUCACCCAGUUCUACAUGGACAACGUCAUGUAUUUGGAACUACGGGCUUUACUCCCGGAGAUAUAUGAAUUGGAUGGCAGCACUCAUGAUGCAGCCUGGACUCUGAAAACCUACCAGGAGAUCACUAGACAGUUCACAGCAGACCACCCAGACUUCUACGGAGCAAGAAUCAUCUUCACAGUCCACAGGGGAGUAAAUAUAACCACGAUGAAAGGAGUAGUGGAGAAGGCUGUGAAACUAAGGAGAGACUUCACAGAUGUCAUGGCUGGUUUUGACCUGGUCGGCCGUGAGGACAGAGGCAGACCUCUGUGGUACUUCAGAGAGGCCUUGUCACUGCCAAAAAAUGUCAUACUUCCUUUCUUUUUCCACGCUGGAGAGACAGAUCUCGAGGGCACAGAGGUUGACCAAAACUUAUUGGAUGCUCUUUUGUUCAACACUUCUCGCAUCGGCCAUGGAUUUGCUCUGCCUCGCCACCCAGUGGCUAAAAAUAUAUCCAGGAAGAGAGGGGUAGCUCUGGAGGUUUGUCCUAUCUCCAACCAGGUGUUGAAGUUGGUGAAUGAUAUGCGAAACCAUCCAGCAGCUGCUCUGAUGUUGGAGAACCACCCGAUGGUCAUCAGCUCUGAUGACCCUGCCAUGUUUGGUGCCUGUGGCCUCUCUUAUGACUUCUAUGAAGCUUUUGUGGGCUUUGGUGGGCUCAGAUCCAACUUAGGCACCCUCAAACAGCUGGCCAUGAACUCAAUUAAAUACAGUUCUUUGACUCCAGAGCAACAGAAGAAAGCCCUGGCUCUGUGGCAGAGAAGAUGGGAUGAGUUUGUCUCCAAUAAUGUUUUUUAGAAAGAAAACUGCAGCUUUUUUUAAACAUCGUCUAUCAGGGCAGUCCUUAAAUUAUGUCAUGCCUCCUUUGAGAAAGGAAUGGAUUUUGGGAUAGGUGAAUUAUGAAUGGAAAUGGAAAACAUAAACAGUGUUGCACAGGUGAGCAGAUCUGUGGUAGGGACAAACAGGUCAACAUUUUUUAAAUUAAUGAUGAUGUUGAACCUUUAGCCUGGACCAUGUCCUAUAAAAUAUAGACUGAUUAUUUGAACUACACAUAUGAAAUUGCUUCAAUCAAAGAUGCCUUGUUGUCUAGCUUAACUAAGAAUUUUCAUUGUAUUUGCACUUUAAGAUUAAGGUUUGCCUUGGUUUUUGAGGGCACAGUAGUGUGAACUGGUUGAGGUGCUAAAUGCUGUUUGAUUUGUCUUGUGUGUUUGUGGUUUGCUUGUGCUUUACAAGAGUGUUGUUGUAUAUGUAUUUUUACUUGAAUGUUUUUUAAGCCGUUGUAGGUAUAAGGAGCAUUGUUGACGUUUACUCAUCAAGGCACAUUUUGGAGAGAAAUCUAUGAAAAACUGCUCAAGAAACAAUAUCUGUCUUUGUCAUUAUUACACAGACUUAUUUAAAUGCUGUGAACUGUCUGAGUUAAAUUUGAUUUAAAACCAACUGUUGACUGAC